UCGUUGCCUUGCUGUACAAAAUUGCGAGUUAUGAUAUUUUACUAUAACAAUAUGUUUUGAUAAAUCAAAUUAAUAUAUAACCAAGAUUUCUCAUUGAUGUUAGCAUCAAAGUAAUGUAUGUGACAAGAUGUCUGACGAAGAAAGUGUAGAUAUUAAGCAAGAGUUGCUGGAUCUAUUAACAAAUGUUCAACCAAAUCUACAAGAUGUUAUCAAACGGAGCUUCACAAAUGUUAUAUUGCAACAGAAUAAAAAUGGUGAACAAAUCAAACCUGAUACACUGGAGGAUACAUCAUAUUUUGCGAAAAAUACCCAAGUUAAUCUAACAAGAUUGGAACUACUCCGGACACCUACAUUCCACCUGCAAACAGUAUCUCUAGAUCUCAAAUCAAUGGCGCUAAAUCUGAAAUGUUCACUAGGUGAGGUCAGUGUGAAAGGACUAUACAGUGCAUUUAAUGAGAAUCUAUAUAACUUAAUACCUGUUAUGUCAGAGGGACAUGUUUUAAUAUCAUUAUCAAAUAUGACAGCUGAUGUAAAUGUUGGCUUAGUGAUGGAAGAUGAUGUGUUUAAUUUCAUUAACCCGGGAAUUGAUUUUGUACAUGAUGAAGUUAUAGUCAAGCUGUCAUGGCCGUCACCUCAAAGGAAUGGUGGAUAUGAAUUUACUACAACGGAACAAUUAGCUAAGCACAUAGAUGAUCUACCGCUGACAGCGGCGGUGUCUCUGCCACUGUACGCGUUACUGAGACAUCGACUGCAGCGGCACCUGGCACUGGUGUUGCGUCAGGCCACAAGCGUCUCCGACCUGCUCUACUCCAACCCCAGCAUGCUCGAAGUCUACAGAUCGAUGGCAGCAGAUUUAGCUCUCAAUGGUAACCGAGUAGUGGACAUGGUGCUAAUCAACAUGCGGCGGACUUUACUGCAGACUCGCCGCGAGGUGCUCGAGUUGCCGCCUCUACAUGCUACUUUUAUGCACAAGAUAGGAUCGAUAUCGUUCGUGGGUAAGUUCGAGACGGAGGCGGGCUGGCUGAAGAACUUGGCCACCAUCAACAGGGUCAGUGACGUCAGCGUCUCUCAUCACGGAGACGACAGGACCAGCUUCAGUGUCACGCUCAAGAUAAAAGAUCUGCAGAUCGGGUACGAGGGGUACCGCAUGCGUGCGAUGGGCGUGUCGUGUGCGGGACGUGUUGCCGCCGCGCUCGCUCACUGCGCACUACAUCUGCGCCUCUCUGUCGGACGCGCACGCGCAGAGAACUACGCGCAGCUAGACUGUCUGCGUCUAGAUCAUCUGCAGUCAAUGGACAUGCACGUUACUGGUCUGGGACCCCUGAGUGGUGCCGCGGGUCUGGUGCGAACUUGGACCCGGGGGGCAAGUGUAGCCCACGCGGCGCCCGCCCUCACUGCGCAGCUCACACACGAGCUGCACACCGCACUCGCAGAGCUGCCACUGUGGGACCUGCUGCAUGCAAACCAAUACACAUCGCCCACAUAAGUUUCCCACGCCCACACAUGCGUAGCCUACGCCCAGCCUUCGUGUACGGCAAGUAGCGAAUCGCCCACAUAAGUUGCCCACGCCCACUCAUACGUAGCCUACACCCACUGCGUGAUGCACGGAAAGCAGUACACAUCUCCCACAAAAGCUACAAAGUUGCCCACUACUAUUGCCCACGCCUAACCUGCCUCAUGUGCGCCCAGCAAUAUACGUCGCCCACAUGAGUUGCCCACUAUGGGUGUAACUCAUGCUCACCAAGCAAUAAUCGUCGCCCACAUGAUUUGCCCACUAUGGGUGUAUCUUAUGCUCACCCAGCUUAAUGCACAGCACGCAAUUCAUAUGGCCCACAUAAGUUGCCGCGUUGCCCACUAAGCGUACACAAACCAGGCCUAGAUUUGCAACGCCUUCGUUCGUUCAUUACACAUUUUUUUUUGGUUUUAAAAGUUACAAAUUUUAGAUUUGCUCAAACUUCUUUGUCCAUAUUUAUUUGUUUUUUAUUGAUUUUUUAAAUUACUUUU